AUUGCAUUAGGUAGUAGUAACUUUGGAUUCUCAACAUGCUGAAAAGUCAGUGGUGAUGUUGGUAGUUCGACUGUGUGAGCUUCCGGUUCUUUUACGUCUGCCGUAAGAUGGGUAUAUCCCGGGACCAUUGGCAUAAGAGGAGAGCUACCGGAGGGAAAAGAAAGCCGCUCCGGAAGAAGAGGAAGUUUGAGUUGGGCAGACCUGCAGCAAAUACGAAACUUGGUCCAAGGCGUAUCCACACUGUCCGCACCAGGGGUGGUAACAAGAAAUAUCGUGCUCUGAGGUUGGACCAGGGGAACUUUGCGUGGGGAUCUGAAGGUUGCACACGAAAAACGCGUAUCAUUGAUGUUGUGUAUAAUGCUUCCAACAAUGAACUAGUAAGAACAAAAACAUUGGUGAAGAAUGCCAUUGUAGUGAUUGAUGCUGUACCAUUUAGACAGUGGUACGAAUCCCAUUAUGCUCUGCCACUUGGAAGGAAGAAGGGAGCUAAAUUGACUCCAGAGGAUGAAGAAAUUCUGAAUAAAAAGAGAUCAAAGAAAGUGGAAAAGAAAUACAAAGCUCGACAGCGCUUGGCGAAAGUUGAACCUGCACUGGAAGAGCAGUUCCAGGCAUCUAGAGUGCUUGCGUGUAUUUCUAGUCGACCUGGUCAGUGUGGGCGUGCAGAUGGAUACAUCCUCGAAGGGAAAGAACUGGAAUUCUACAUAAGGAAAACAAAAGCUAAAAAGGGCAAAUAAGGCACUAAAAAUACUGUAAUUUGUAAAUGCUGACAAGGAAAAUAAAGUUUUUCUUGUGAACAGUCAAAAA